CACAAGGACUAGUGCCGUGCUAUUGUUCUCCUGUAGCCUAAACAACUGUCCAUUGAGUAUUGAUUGUUCCCUUUUUUUGUCAAUUAAAGGACAUCACUUUGUGCUUUGUAUCGACGGAGCAGUCUAAAUGGACCAACAACAUUGCAUUCCGCUGACCCAGAUUGACCUGUGAGUGAAUACGAAGCCUUACUGCAAAUGGAUCUUCCUUGUACUCUUGCCAGAGAAGAGUUUUAAGCUGUUUGGAGUUAAAUACAUCAGCGCCCGGAACCGCCUCCGACCCCCACCGAUUCUUCUGGGAGGGCGUAUUAAACGCUGUCCAUGAAACAAUCCCACACGACUACUCUGGGAUACUGACUGGUCUUCCGUCCACUGUUUUGGAUUCCGAGAUAAUGUCUCUUUCUACGAGUCUACUCGUAGGUUUCUUGCGCGCCUAUUCUAUGAGAAAGGAGUGAGGCAUAUGACUGGGUUUACAACUUGCUGACACACUGAAAGCCAAAUACUUCAAUUAAAUGUUAAUGAUCGGCUGGUUGGAAUAUUUCUGUUUUUCUGAAUGUGCUAAUUACACCCGGUUGUUGGGAAUUUAUGAUGCAAACUUAGGAGCUUUAAACUGGUUUGUUUUUUCAUGCUUUGUUUUUCCUCUGGACAUGCGGUGACUCAUUGAUUGCUCUAUUUCAGUGUUUGGAUCCGGGAAUCCUUACACCUUUAAAGCUUGACAGUUUUUUCGGUUUCGAUCUCAGAUAUGUUUUCCAGCAGAUGCGGAGCACUGAUAGUGUUCAGUGUUUGCAUCCUCACUCGCUCACUUUCUUCCUCCAUCCGAAGAUGUGGACUGGACAUCUGCAGGGACGACAAGAUCUGCUGCAAAAACACCACGUCCGCCCCCUGUUGCAACCCCCAUGAGAACAGGAUUUACUCCAACAUCGCCAUGGUCACCCGCAAACUUUCCGGGGUGCUCAUCAUGCUGCUCCUCUUCGCUCUGGGCUACUUUAUCCAGAGGAUGCUGUGUUCCAGGUCCAGGCAGGACAGCCUGCCGCAAAACCGACAGCCGCCGGUCACCACAUCACAAGAGAUGCUCAUGGAGAGCUGUUCGCGGGACACCUUGGCUGAUCCACCUUUAGCUUAUGCUCCAGCUGCAAAACUGCCCACAUAUGAGGAAUGCAGGGAUCUCCCGACUUAUGAAGAGACAAUGACGGGUGGGAGCCGAGGACGAGCGGGGCCCUCCAAGAUGAAUGACGAGAACACUUUUUGAUCAGAAUUCAACUUUAAGACCUCCAGGCUCAGAAGGUAGUUUGACUAUUUGGACCACUCGCCGAAAAGCCUCCUCGACUCCAAACCCAGUCGAAGCGGAGCAAGGCUGGACUAACCAGUCCCGACCCACGCACAUUUUCC